AUGCCCCCUAAGAUGGAGGUUGAAGACACAAAUCCAACUGUUCCGGAAGAAGUUCUAGCAUCUAAUGUUGUCACUGAAUGGCUCAUACUUUGGAAGACUCAACCAUUUGAAGAAAUCUACUUGGGAGAAGCAAAGGGAAUCAAGGAGAAGUUUGCUACCUUUUACCUUGAGGACAAGACAGAAUUUAUGGAAGGUGGAAUUGAUAGGAACCAAAUCCCAAUUACAAAAGCUGCUAAACUCCUUCAAGGACGAGUAAUGAAAAAGGUCACCUUUCUGGAGCAGUAUCAAAUAGCUUAUCAACUUCAGCAGGUUGCAGGAAUCGAUCCUAGAAAAGUAUCAGGUUUCCAAGCAGAAAAUUAUAAGAGUAUGUUGCUUUAUGCAUGGAAAUCCACCUAA